AUGGCAACUAAAAUCACUUCAGCUUUGUUCUACUCUAAUGAGCACCUGACUCUGACCAACAAGCUAAGAAAGCCAGUGGUAGAAAAGUUAUACAGAGAUCGUAUCAACAACAGCAUUGAACAGCUCAAUUCUCUCCUGGGUCCAGAGAUCCUCAACCAGCAGCCAGACUCCAAGCUGGAGAAAGCCGACAUCCUGGAGAUGACAGUUUGCUUCCUGAGACAACAGCAACAGUACCAGCCAGUAAGGUCCUCCUCCUGCUCAGCACAUGUUAAUAAGUGUUACUCCAGGUGUGUCCAAGAGAUUGUGCACUUCCUGUCCAAGGAUGAGGUGAAGACACAGUCCCAGAGAAGACUGCUGAGCCAUUUCCAGAGCCUGCAGCCAUCCUCUGAUAAGAACAGGAGGGAGAGUGACCUGCCUCAGUUGAGCUCCCCAGACCAGCACAGCAUCAGCAAAGAGAAGAGUCCAGUCAACAGCGCUCUCUGGAGGCCCUGGUAGAGUCCUGCAGACUGGAGCUCCACUCAGACAAACACAAUGGACC